GCUCUCUGUCAUAAAAGGCGCUGUGCUGUCUGGCUUUCUCAAUGACAUCACACCCAACAUGGCGUCCAGCCGGGUGUUGGAGAGGGAGGUCCAGCAGGAGUCGAAGACCGCAACCCCGGACUUCUGCCCCCACAAAUACUCCCUGCUGGUUAUAAUCGGACGGACGGCCCGCCACAGACAGACGGAGCACAUCCGGAAGGAGAUCGAGCGAGGUAUUCGGUCAUGGGAUGUGGACCUAAAAUCCUGCAACCUGAAUCUGUUUCUGCAAGAGUUUCUGUCUCAUCACACAGCGUCUUUUAAAGGUGCAGGGCAGAAGUGUCUUCGCCACUGUACCAAAGUGUUGGACACACAAGUGCUGAUCAGUCCAUCUCAGGAACUGGCUUAUUCAGAGGCAUUCGCCCUGCUGUCCAGGGAGUCUGCUCAUAAGCUGCUGAUCUUGACUGGCCUGAGCGUGGAGGAAAGCGGAGAGGUGCUGUUUCACAAAGGGCAGUUUUCUCCUGAGCAUCUCAGGCGAAUAAUAACAGAGCAGUUCAUAGAUCAGGAGAGCGCUCCCUCCUGCCCUCCCCUUACCAAAAUCAAUCUGACCCUCCGUUGUCCCAACAUCGGACAUUGGAGAAAGAUCCUGCUGGGAAACCGACCCCUGGAGGGUCCCUUCACUCUGCGUAUCAACACCCCAGAGGUACUGCCAGCCAUGGAGUCUCUGGGGGAAUUUACAUCACUCAUCUCCAGCACCAUUUGUCCUGCCUCGCCCUUCGACCUCCUGCCGCCUCCCACCACCGUGGGUUUCCUUAAGCUGUCCCGCCCCUGCUGCUACGUGUUCCCUGCCGGGUCCGGCGACUGUGCCUUCUUUGCAGUUAACGGUUUUACUAUGCUGGUGGACGGGGGCUCGGACUCUCAAGCCUGUUUCUGGAAGCUGGUCCGCCACCUUGACAGAGUUGAUGCAGUUUUGUUGACUCAUAUCGGCACGGAGAACCUCCCCGGUGCUGUCUCCUUCCUAGAAAGGAAGGUGGCCGAGAAGGAGCUUAGCUAUGAUGUCAAAGAUGACUUGUCGAAGAGGCUUAUCUCUCCAGAGCUAGGAGUUGUUUUCUUCAACGCCCCCAGCAGGUUGCAGGCAGAUCAACAGUCUUUUGCAGACAAUGUGCUGAAGAGUACACAACAGGCAGCUAUAACUUUACAGCUCCUGAAGAAGUUAGACAUCAGGCCACAACCCAUGCUUCAACCACAAGGAGUCCCCAUAAAGCCACUCACCUUGUUUCAAAAGAUGGGAGUGGGACAACUGGAUUUAUACAUCCUCAGCCCUGGCAAGAGCAGCCAGGAGUAUGAGGCGUUUAUGAAGAACUGGCCCGAUGGAGUGUCAUCAUUGUCGCAAAGUCUCCCUCUCACUGCACUGGUUUCAGUCUCUGCGCUGCUCGUGUGGCUUCCAGCUUGCCCUCAGGAGAAGGUGGUCAGAGUGCUGUUUCCCGGUGCAACCCCGCAGGCAAAACUGCUGCAGGGGCUAGAGAAGCUCAAGGGAUUGGAUUUCCUUCAGAAGCCAGCAGUGACCACCGGAGACCUCGAAAGGCAAGGGGAAGACAGAAAAGCCAAGAGGACGGAGAGCCUGGACAGUGGCCAGUCGAUAGGGAAAGAGGGAACACCCAAGCAAGGGAAAGAGCAAGGAACUAAAGAAGAGGGAAAGGAUGGAUUGGUGAAAGAAAAGGGAAAGACAUUAAGUAGAACUAAAGAUACUGAUAAAGCUAAAAUCAAGGAGGCAGGUGUUAAACAUAAACCAUCAAUAUCAGAGAAGAAUACUUUAAAGAAAGGCUUAGGGAAGGAUGGAAAAAAAGAGGAGAAGACUGGCAAUAAAGAAGAGAAUAGUGUUAAAAGGACUGAGCAGAAAAAAAGAGAUGGAGUCCCCUCGAAAACCAAGAAGGACAAUAAAACAAAACCCACAAAGGAUGCAAGAAAUGACAAAACAGAGAAGAAAACACAGAAGUUAUCAGCAAGCGAAGCAAACAAUGACAACAAAGUGCUUGCAAAUAAUAAAUUAACAGAACAAAAACAAGGGUUUUCGUCAAAAAUCCCAGAGCCAGAGUGCCCUGGUACUGACAAGCAGAAUCACAAGAAGGAGACAGAAUCUGGGGAGAAGCAGCACGGCUCCAAGAUGUCUACCCCAGAGGAUAUGACGGCAGAUUUUCUCAGGCUCCGGGAGGAAAGCGAACUAGAAGUAGAGCCAGAAACAGCUCCCUGUGGUGAUUUAGGAUGUGAAAAGUACCUUGGAGGCUUUCAUGAAGAUGCCUACAAUAAAACAGUUGAAAGGUUGAUAGAGGAACCAGCAGGCUGUUUGGGAAUAGCGAAAGUAGAGGGUGGUGACAUUAUAGUGCAAAAUAUCUCUGUAAAGAGUGUGAAAGCAGAAGACCUCCAACUAAACCUUCCAGAUGAAUCUGUCAAAUCCAGUAGACCUGCAAAGGUUGUAGGAUUCCCAUCCCCUUUGAACAAAUCAUACAAUAGUGAGCAGAUAGUCCAGCUGGACACAACACCGACUGAGUACACGCUUCUGGAUGGGGCUUUGAGACACUCCCCUCCCUCGCACUCCUCUCCAGAAAACCAGGCCCCUAACAGUCCUGAUGAGGAGACGGUAGAGCCAGUUUCCCCUGAUUCACGUCCUAACAGUGCGGGCCACACUCCCUACUGCCUGUCCCCAGACGACUUGUGGUGCAACAGGGCCACGCUGAGCCGGGUUCAGGCCCUCCAUUUAGCUGAUGCUUACGAGCCAAAUGGAUCAUCUGGGCAAAGCGAGGAGCAGGUUUGCAAGACUAAAAGUGCUUCUGAAAAUCCCAAAGAGAAGCAUCUGAGUUUUCUUUCUUUGGGUACAUGUAAAGAGGGUUCUUCAGAUCCCUCCCCCUCUGUAGCCACAACCACCACCAACUCAUUACCAGCAGAGGUGAGCUCGCCUCAGUCUACAGAAGUAGAUGAAUCAUUGUCCAUGUCCUUUGAGCAGGGACCAACAACUGGGAGCCAGAGAGAAGGAGAUGACGGAGUUUAUCUCUCUCACUCUAAUGGAGGAUAUUACGUAGGAAAGUCUUUACCAAUGAAGAAGCCUCCCAGAUCUUUGGGUCAGAGUUCAGAGAUGAAACUGGCUGCACCUAACACUCUCCAUUUUGAGGCAUCAGCUCAUGACGUGGACCUUUGUUUAGUUUCUCCUUGUGAGUUCAAGCAUUUCAAACCACCUGACUUAAGCCCGGGAGCCAGUGACGUCUCCAGAGAAGUCAGCGGUCCGAAUCACCAAGGCAACAACAAUAACAACCCAAAGGACAGGUCACCCAGUGAGUCAAAUGCCCCCAUCUGCACAGAGGAUUGCCCGUCCACCACAGCAGAUGCUGCUUUGGAUUCGGACUCAGAUGAUUCAUGUAGUAACCCUUCCAACUCCCCUUGUAACCACAACAUGAGUCAGACUCUGCCCCCCGAUCCCCUGCCAGCCCCCCUUAGAGACAGUCCACCACUGCCUCCCCAUCCUGACACCUCUAUGCCAGUUCCUCAGUCUGACUCUGAAGCUCAUGGGAAGAGGGCAAAGGCCACAGCAACUCGGGGAAAGAAAUUUCCAGGGAUUAGUGAUGCCCCCCAAAAAUCAGGCUCAGGGAAAAUCAAAACGGGGAGCCAAAGUGGAGCCACGAAAGGGAAUCUGUCCUCUACUCGAACACUUUCCUCCAGCAUUCGCUCUGCACCAGCAAAAUCAUCAUCAGCUCCUAGCUCAAACGCUCCCUCUGCUGGUGAAGUCAGUAUUUAUGUCGACUUAACUUAUAUUCCAUCUGGAGCAUCUUCUCCCACAGUUACUGUGGACUUCUUCAGGUGUAUUCGCUCUUCCUGCUACAUCAUCAGCGGCAACAGUAUGGAGCGGGAGGAGCUAAUGAGAAAAACCCUGGAUGCUCUGCUGGAUGGCAAGACAUCCUGGCCAGAAAUCAUGCAGGUGACGGUGAUCCCCACCUUUGAGUCAGUGUCAAUGCAGGAGUGGUACCAACAAACCCUGGACAAGCAGCGGGAGCUGAACAUCACUGUCCUGGGAUCCAACAGCACGGUCGCCAUGCAGGAUGAGACUUUUCCUGCCUGCAAGAUUGAAUUCUGAGGUGGAUAAUACAACACAGUUAAUGGGUGCAAGAGUAAAAAUCUGAGAACUAGGGUAUUGAUAGAAAUAGAAACAGAUGUAAUGGGGAUGUUCCCCACCCCUCUUGCAUGUUAGUGGUAAAUCACCACUUUAUGGUCUUCUUAUUGCAGCUGAAAACUAAAAAAAAAGAGGUUGCAUGCUUCUUUUGACCAAUGACCCUGUUCAAAACAGGAGAGGAGAGGUAACUAAGUGCAAAGGAUGCAUGCCACUCUGUGAACAAAGAGAGUCAUAUGAAAGGUGUUGCCGUAAAUUACUCAAAUUAGCAAACAGAGAUUUAUGAACACAAUAUGGAAACAUUGCAAUUUGCAGCAUCUAACGCAACAUGAAUUCACCAAAUUCAGAUUCAUUCAAAUGAGUCUUAAAAGUUUGUGAUGUAUUUUGAAGAUGAACCUAACAUUUAACCUUCACGGAGUUUAGAUGUGUGAUUUAUGUCCAGGUGUUUGUUGUGAGCACUGUAAGCAGAUGUAAGACAGGCUGUGCUGUGUGUUGUAGCUGCUUUUAAAGGUGUUGUGUCACUGUUGCCUUUUUAUUAAGAUCUGUACUUGAAGGAAACAGACUCUGAAAAACACUUUUUUGACUCCCUUUCACCCACCAACAAGUAAUAUUAACUUUAAUUUGAGGGAUUAGUUGAUUUUAGUCAUUUAACAGCAUUACAACAAUUGUAAAAUUGAGGGCCAUCCUGCAAUUGUAAUCCAGAAAAGUUUCUUAUAAAAAUGCAAACCAGGAACUUGGCUUCCAAAGCUUUUAUAAAAAUAAUUCGGAGCUUGGUGUUUCGUCAAAAAUUAUAUAAUUGAUAAAAUAAUUCCAAGUGUAAAUAUGAAAUAAUCAUACAUUAUGUUUUAGAAAAUAUAUUUUGCACAGUGUAAAAUCACUAACGUGUCAUUGUGAUAUUAGGAGCUUUAUAGGCUGUAAAUAAGAGCAGAUGUGUUCAAGUAAUUCUGAAACAAACUGGAAAAAUGGUUGUGGAUAAUGCAAUUCAAUACUUUUAUUUUGCAGGUCCAUUAUUACCCAUUCAUAUCUGUUGGUUUUUUUAUAUUAUUAUUGUUUGUUGUCAUAACUCGGCAUAAAUAAUUUGGAACAAGUGAUCAGGAUAAUAAAGACAGGCUUCAGAUGCUACAGUGUUGCCCCUAAAUAAAAUAAGGAAUAAAAUACCUUUUACAUCUUCUCAUGAUGUAGUUGUAAAGGGUGCUUUAUUUUUGACAGUUUAUCUUCUCAAUUAUUAAUCAAUCCCUUUUCAGACCUAUCAAUAUGCCUGAAAAGAAAAUUAUUCAAAAUAUAUGGGCACCAGCAUAUAUUACCACUUUAGCAUUGGUUGAAUUUGCAAACAUACAUUUUACCAGCUUCUUUCUUUAUUUUUCCAGCAACUUGUGCUCUAAAACCUGCUGGGUUAAAAAACCCAUCUCAAAUUAGGCUAUUUUGGUUAUUUUGCAGUACAGGGUUAAAUAUGGACCAAGCCAGAUGUUUUAUGAGUUUUGGGUGACUUUAAAGUAGCUCAUUAACCUAACGUGAAUGGUGGGAAGAAACACAGUAUGGACAUUUCACAAAGAAAUGCCCCAUUAUGCAGCCCUGGAUAGAUUUCUAAUUUUAAUUCUGCCUUACAAUAUAUCAGGAAAAAAAACAACAGUCUCUAAUGUCAAAUAAGACUUGUAAUGCCAGUUAAAUGUGGAUUACAAAUGUCAUAGUACAUAAUACUGUAUAAAAUUUUGCCUGUAUAUAUUGCUGUUAUUACCAAUUCUUUGGUCAAAGUUUGAAUGUUGAACAGAGCUAGCACUAGCUUACACUAUCUAGCUAGCAGAUAAAAGGCUCAUGUUCUCUUAAGUGAACCAGCAAGUUCUCCAGCAUGAACUAAGAUCAUUAACCCAACAUAAUUAUACAUCAUUUCACCAUCUACUAUUUAUUUUUUAAACCUAUUUGGGUUGAAGAAAUAACUCAGCAGUUUUUUGUGUGUGCAUUUUUAGUCCUGCCCAUUUUUAAUGUGAUGGAUUACAUUGUACUCUUUCCAGAUCUAUUGUUUGCAGUUAUUCUCUUCUCGAAUCCUUACAUCUUAGACUGUAAGUCCAUGGAUGUCAUUGUAAGAUAUGUUUUAUUUUUCUCUAUGUGGCUGUUUUGCAUUCACUGGUACAUCUCAAAAAAUGUGAAUAUUUAAAAGGGUAAUUAGUUUUUGUCCCUCAUUUCCAAAAGUAAAACUCACAUAUUAAAUAUUUUCAUUACACACAGAAGGACAUAUGUCAAGCCUUUAUGUUUAUUGUUAUAAUUGAUGACAAGCCAAAAUUGUUGACCUGCAAUGAACUGCAUCCUGUCCAGGGUGUAUCCCGCCUCUCACCUGUAGAUUGCUGGAGAUAGCCACCCCUGUGACCCUGUACGGAAGAAGCGGGUAUAGAAAAUGGAUGGAUGAAUAAAUGGAUGAAUGGAUGGAUGGAAAAGCAUCAAGCGUCGAGAACCACUACGCACAGAAGAUAUCAGGAUAGCCACAUUUUUUUGAGAUGUACUAGUGUUUUGCACAAAUAUGCAUGCGACUUGAUGAGUUUUUAAAAACCAAAGCAUGAAAAAUCACAGAGACAGGUAAUUUUUACCUAAAAAACAAAUGCUGCCACCAAAUACAAAAAAGCAUCACAUUUUUUAUGAAGUUUUUCUUAAGGAUCUGACAAGGUUUUUGUACAAAUGUAGAUGUGCUACAAAGAAAAAAAACCUAAGAUUGUAAUAAUUCAAGAGAUAAUUAGUUCUGAUUUAUGCACCUCUAUCUCUGAAUGUGUUUCUCAAAGGAGCUUGAGAUGUUAUCAAAAACAAUGUCAUUACAAACCUUGUAUGAACAAGACAUCUAUACAAACAUUUGAACUUCAUCUUAGCUAGUCAGUUGUAACCAUGUUUGUGCGUCCUGCAUAUGUAAGACAUGUACCUUAUGUUUAUUUAUUUCAUGAUAUUCAUGAAUAAAGAGAGCAAAGCACUGUGGGGGAGUGUCAAAUGAUCAUAUGAAUUAAAAAAAACAAAAAACUCAGAUUGGAGGUAACGUACAAAAAAACAAUGUUCAAAGUAUGUGGGUUGUAACAAUAGUAUGAAUGCGAGAAUAAAAAAAAACAUGCACAAAUAAAA